UUUUAUGUCAAAUGCUAAACAAUCAAAAAGUGCCGCCCAGCAAAUGUCAUUUUUUCGUAGUAUUUUAAUACCACAGCCGAUCCUUUUUUACAAGAAGACAACAAGUGGAGCGCCAGCAGGAUCUUUAAUAUGCGUAGACGCAGAAGAUGGGGGGCCAGGCGAUGAGUGUUUAUCCGAGGGCGACUCACGUAGUGAGGAGGCGGAGGAUGGACGCGAUCACCGAGUUUUACGAGAAGCGAUCUACUGUCCACCGCCGAAAGCUCUACUUGGUGACCGAGAUCCCGCAGCCAGGACUAUGCUUCGUCUUCCACGGAAUGUGUCUCCCCGGGUGCGAGCACUUCCUCAUCGACUUCAUGACCGAGGCGGGCUACGAGGUCUGCGACAACUGUAACGUGGUGCUUCGGAUAGGAGCACGUCUGCCCCAGAACUAUCUUACGCGAAACUCCCGCCUAAGGGGCCUGUGGGGCCCCAUGGAGCGGGCCUCUAACCUCAGCUUCCAAUUGUCCCGCGGCAAGUCCUUCUGGAUGCAGAUCCUGAUCACCGAGGAGUGCUUUCUCAUUUCCGUGAACGGCUAUCACUUCGCGGCCUACGCACACCGAAUGCCCUACAAGUGGCUGGAGGCAGUGGACGUGCGGGGCGACGUCACCGACAUUGCCGUGGACUCCUUCUACGUGUCCGAGUAUCCUGUCCGGCUGCAGCACUCGUUGCCGGUGAUAAUACCGCUUCAUUACGAGGAAAACGUUGCAACGGUGGCACCCGGCGCCCCACGCAAUCCGAAGAGCGAGUGGCGGGUCCUGUCUUCGCUGAUGAUGAUGUCCUCGCCCGAGUUCGUCUCCCAGCCCAGCAUCGCGCUUCCCUUCUACGGCACCAUUCCCGAGUCGGAGAACCUCAUUGAGGGGCGCGCCCUGCGCAUCGAGGGCCGAGUGCGUCUGAUGCCCCAGAAAUUCAGCUUCGCCCUCCAGAUUGGCCAGGAGAUCUGGCCUCAGCCUACGGUAUCCUUCUACUUCAGCCAGUGCUUCCUUCAGGGCAGGCGCGACAAGAUCGGCAAGGCCAUAAUCACGCGCAGCGCCUAUGUGAAGGGAGAGUGGGUGAACACCCACAUCUCCCGGCUGAACACCUCCCUCCGGCCGGGCAGCGCCUUCGUCAUCCUCAUCGCAUGUCGGAAGCAGUACUACGAGUUGUUCGUCAAUAACAAGUCCCUCUUGCAGUUCAAGUACCAGAUGCGUCCCGAGCGGGUCAACAUCAUCAACAUUCGCGGCGACAUAAAGUUAUGGGAGGUCUUCAUGGAGACCUCCAAUCCUCUACGCAGCGGAUCGCUCAUGGGACGCACUUUCACGACGUGGAGGAAAACUAAAUUAACCAAGUGAACCAGGUCUGUCUGCUCGAUGUUUCCUCUCUGUGGAGUUCAAAUUUGCCACCCAGUCCGAGUCCUGUAAUUUUUCCUGUAGCUCAAUCGAAAUUGAAGAGAGAACAAUGAAAUUUGGUCUUUUAUAAUUUUA